AAUGCUUCUUCUUCCUCUCUGCCUCUUUGGGUCCCGAGUGGUGAAUCUAGAACCACUAGCUAAUUAAGCUUCUCUUCUUUGCUAUCACUAAUCUCUUUCUUAGUAAUUACUUGAAUGCCGGAAAACAUGAGUAUAUCUGUGAAUGGACAAUCUCAAGUCCCUCCUGGUUUCAGGUUUCAUCCAACCGAAGAGGAGCUUCUACAAUACUACUUGAGGAAAAAGGUCUCUUAUGAGAAGAUUGACCUCGAUGUGAUUCGAGACGUUGAUCUCAACAAGCUCGAGCCAUGGGACAUUCAAGAGAAGUGCAAAAUAGGAACCACUCCACAAAAUGAUUGGUAUUUCUUUAGCCACAAAGACAAGAAGUAUCCCACAGGAACACGUACCAAUCGAGCCACGACUGCAGGGUUCUGGAAAGCCACUGGGCGUGACAAAGUGAUAUACAGCAACGGGAAGAGAAUUGGAAUGAGAAAGACUCUGGUUUUCUACAAAGGUCGUGCUCCACAUGGCCAAAAAUCUGACUGGAUCAUGCAUGAAUACAGACUUGACGAUAAUAACACCAGCGACACCAAUAUUGUGUCGAAUGUGAUGGGAGAUGGUGGCCAAGAAGAAGGGUGGGUGGUGUGCAGGAUAUUCAAGAAGAAGAACCAUCUGAAAACCCUAGACAGCCCUUUAGCCUCAUCAAUCUCUGGGGAAGGUAGAAGAAGCCACUUGUUUGAUUCUUGCGAUGAGGGUGCUUUGGAGCAAAUACUUCAGCAAAUGGGAAGGGGUAGUUGCAAGGAAGAGAAUUACGAAGCCAAUUACAAUUAUGGAAGGUUUGGGAACAGGCCUUAUGAGACAGGACUCAACAAUAACAAUAAUGGGGGCUACCAUGAUAGGUUCUUGAAACUCCCAAGCCUAGAGAGUCCAAAAUCGACAAGCAUGGAGAGCCAGCAGAAUAAUAACACUGAUCAUAACAAUGAUGUCAAUAACAACAAUAAUAAUAAUAAUGGGUACCAUCCCAUUAUUCCAGUAGAGAUGGCCACAGAUAAUGAAGGGUCAUUCACAACCCACCAUGUGAAUAGUGCUGCUGACCCCAACAUGGUUCAUCAUCCAUAUGAGGCAUCAUCAUCAUCAAUGGUGGUAGGAUCAGGUGGUGGUGGUAGUAGUAGUAUUGGCCUCACCAAUUGGGUAGCCUUGGAUCGACUUGUUGCUUCUCAACUGAAUGGCCAAACAGAGACUUCUAGGCAAUUGGCAUGCUUCAAUGACCCCACCAUGGUGUAUUGCACCAACGACCAUGAUCUGCAAUUGCCAACCCUUCGAUCAUCAUCAUCAUCUUCAUCAACAUCAACACACACUAGAGCUGUUGCUGCUGCUGCUGCUGCUACUUACAUUAGUCCCACACAGGAUUACACCACCAGUGAGAUUGACCUUUGGAACUUUGCUCGAUCCACGACGUCGUUAUUGUCAUCCUCUGAACCUCUAUGCCACGUGUCGAACACGUCAGUGUAGUAUAAUAAAAUAAAUCCCAACCUUCCCUUUUCCUCAUCCUCCUCCCAUGUUCCAUUGUUAAAGUAUAGAAAUAAUUAGUCGU